AGCAAGUCCUGGCUCAAGGCUGGAUAGAUGGCACGUCGUUUUUGAGUUCCUCUUCAUGGCCUCGAUCAUUUUUGCAGUUCCUACUUUGGUGGGCUACGGUGGAUGCACAUCUUCGUUUUGCCUCUUUACCUUCGACUACUUGUACAGUCACGCAGAGACUCUUUGCUCCUUCCGCUUUUAUGAGAUUUUCCCCUGGGGCUGGGGUAAAGAAACUGCCAGCGCCAACUUCCUGACCGAUGGUCAGCUGGACAUCUUAGGGGCAGCUGACAUGAGCCUGGCCUACACCUCCACGACCUUGCUCAUCCUGGCACUCCUGGGCGAUGCGCAUCGCAACGCCAAGCUGGGCGCCUUUUCGCUCUUCGUCCUGGUGGGCAUCCUGUUCUGCUUCGGCGCGCUGCUGCCCAGCUAUCUGCUGUGGCGGGGCAGCGGCCUAAGACUAACAGGUUUGAUUCCGGCAAAGAGCGGGACAUACUUGAUGUGGGCACAGCUCACUACGAUGUGCACCCUUGCCAUUUCGUGGUAUGCAGCAAAGGCUGACUGGAAUCCAGCUGUGAAUGGAGGCCUUAUUUGGAGCUAUGGCGUGUUCGUGCCCCUAGUGGCAGUUCUCGUGAUGUGUACCGAUGAUGGCAAGAAGUUUCUGUCUGCAACAACCGUGAAGCGCUUCUUUUUGCUCAAUGCCGCCUUGGCAGCGCUGUUUGAAGUUUAUGUGUGUUCGCAUGCUCCCGGCUCAGCAGGCAUUUGGCAAUAUUUGCUUCAAUUCUCGAAACGGACCUUCAUCUUUGAUUCUUUGGGUCUGCGGAUUACAAGUGUGUUGCUGCUUCUUUGGGAAGGCUACUGGAAAUGCGGAGUUGCUGAGGUCCUCCUUUUCCCUGUAGGCCUUUGCUUUGGAAUGGCCCACAUGGCAGGCAAGGCAGAGGAUUCAAACCCGGACACAGGGUUUCAACGUCUUCUUUAGGCUACUGAGAUCGUUGGAUGAAUUGUAAGUUCAAUGUGACAAAUAGCAUAACGAAAACGCAU